GUGUAUACGUGUAUAUGUAUAAAACACGUACACCUUCACCCGUCUAUUCGUAUCGCACGUUGAGCUACAAACUGCGUCGAGAUACGAGCGCGUGUACGAAAUACGAUGAGGUACGAUGAACCGCGACGAGCUACGAGAUCCCGGAGGGUAUAACGAGAAAAAAUAAAUGAACAAAAUAAAAAUAAAUAAAAAAGGAGAAAAAACGAUAGAAAGAAAAAACACAUGCACAUACUUUUCAAUCGGGGCGUAAUGUCUUGCCCGGCGAAGCCUAUUUCUCCACGUGUCUCCUUUGAAUCUCUGACACCUGUCGCGAAUGUCUGUCUGCUCAAUUAUUCUGUGAAUUUUUGAUCCUUCGGCAGGUUGCCUUUUUUUUUUACCGAUGUAACAGCAUAUUGUACGCGCAUUUGCGACGUUGUUACGGACUGAUGUUUCUAAAUCUCUUUGUCUAAGGGAUGUGUAAAAAUUUCGGGAAAAUAACUCUAUCGUAUGUUUUGGUUAUAAUGUAUGAAUUUAAAGUGAGAUGCGAAUUUAAUUAAAAUAGUGGAAAAUGAAUGGUUGUACGCUACUGUAAAUUCCGCGCGUCCGAUGUAUAAUCAUUGGGAAAUUGCGGUAUGGUUGAAAUUUGCAAUUCCCGUUUACACGAAUGAAGUUUGCGGCCGCAUUGAGUGACGAAAAUCUCUGUACAGGUAUUACUCUGAUAUAAUAUUAUCGCUAAAUUCAGGCGAUCCCAAUGAAAAUCGAUGAAAAAUUAAUUAAUCCUUCUAUCGCAGCCGUAUAUUAAUAUACGAUCGGUAAUAACUUUCCUUGCACCAUUAACGAUUGUAAUGAGAUAAAAGAGAAAAAAAACAAAAAAACAUGAAUCCAACCGCACGCGGAGCGACGUUAAUUUUGCUAAACGUACGGUACCGCAUGUUACGCGUUGUCUAUUUGGAAUAGGAAUUGCAUGUUUUCAAAAAUUAAUUGAAUACACGUAAUUGUGUCAUUGUAUACCUUUGGAAAUCUACCGGAUUCAAAUUUCAGUCGUUUUCAUCGAAAAUAAAAUUGACAGUCAUUGCGAAUCAGGAAGGUACGGUAGAUGUUACAAUAUGAGAAGAAUCACGCGACUCGCAAGCGCGCUAUGUGAUUACCUAUUACUAUACCUCUGUACGACGUCGUAUAUGAAAAGUAUGGUAGGAAGAAAGAACCAUCGCACUGAAAUUACGUAUUGUAUUACACGUAUCAACAUGACGUAAUAAUAGCACUUGAGCUCCGCGAUGCAUUAUUACGUUCAUUAUAAUUUGCCGAUUGGCAUUCUCGUGAUGAUUUAUACAGACCCUCGACUGAACGACUGUUCAAACCGCUCGGUAAAUACGUUAAUAAAUAUGGAAUGCCUCCUAGUUUUUUUCCCGCUAUAAAAUAUUAUGUGAUGUAAAAUACGAACUUCUGUGAGUAGUAAAUUUCUCGCUCCACGAAACCUCAGAGUUUCAAUGAAAUCUUCCAACGUUAAAGACGAAGGCUGCAGUUUUUUCCCUUUUCCUUAUUUCAUCCUCUUCUCUUUAUUUACGCUACUUUAUCGAUGAAUGAAUAAAUAAAAACCCUGCGCUCUGAAUGGUUGUAUAUUUUUCGCACAGUCCGACGAGCUUUCAUAUCGCACUUCCCACACUAUUCCCGUCCAAAUAUGUAUAUGGGGUAUUUAAAGGAGACGCGUGAAACGAAAUAUCCGAACAGAGUUCAAUGAAGCUUGAAGAACCGACGCAAAAUUACAUGACCGAAGUAAUCGACGUGUGGAGCUACGCGACGUACAUGAAACCCACCGCACACUUUUUUACUUUAACAAAAAAAAAAAAAAUUGAGAUUGAAAUGGAUAGGUGUAUACUAGGGUGUUUCAUUUUUAGGCGAUGGUUUUUUUUUUCUCUCCUUUCCUACCCGAAAAUCUGAUACUUCGUAGAAGAAGAGGAACAUCCCUGUUGGUAAAAAAAUUCCAAGUGAAUCGGUGGCUUCGCUCAUCCGAAAAUAGUGUGCAGAAAUGUGGCGAAUGCUGAACGGGCAAGUGAAGAUGAGGGUGAAAAAAAGAUUUUAAAAAAUCUAGCGUCGUGUAUAACACGGAGCAGGUUGUUUCUAGAAAAAUGAGGGUACUUGAGGUGUUACUUUUUAAAUGGUGUGUGGAAAGGUUGUGCGCGCGAUGAAGAGGAAGGAACGAAAAAAAGGGGGAAAAAGGAGAGGGGAAAAAGAGAAAGAAAUAGUCGAAGGACGCGGCAAAGGACGUACGGAGGGAUACUCUGCGGAAGGUAGGAAGAGAAGAGGAAUAGGGAGGGGGGGAGGACCAGGAGAGAUGUACGACUCCCGAGGGAAAUUCAGGUGCGAUCUCCAUGUAUCACCACGCCCAUGUAUGAGCGAGAAAACCAGCUGGUGGUUCAUGGGAACCUCGUGAGACUCCGACAACUCUGGACUCGUGUAAAGGAUUUCAGUUUAAUUGUUGUUUCCACGCCGCUAUAAUAUCUUCUAAACAACGUUGAACUAAAAAUGACAAUAAACCAUAUGAUAUCAUUUUUCAAGGAACGUGUCACAGUAAAACUCCACGCGAAAUAAAAGAAAAUUCGACAAACGCAAUCACAGGAUUCGUUCGCAGUGAUUUAUCUUGCUUCGACGCAAAGCCUGGAUUACGUAUAUUAUAUCUGGCUUUGGUUCGAUUGGAGAAAAAAAAUCGAUUCUUGUUUAACACUUUAUUAAUCGAUGGACGUGCGGGCUCAGUUUUGUUUUAUGGAGUUCGCCGGUGGGGUGACUAGCCGGAAAAGAAACCAGGGCAUCAUUAGUUCGCAUCAGUUAUACCGCAUAUUUGGGUCCGACCUCCGGGAAAAAUGGAGUAUCAGUUUCCGAAGAUUUCAAAUCAAUUGGUGCAGCGGGACGGUUAUGAUUUAUCGAGAGAGAAAGAGGAAGAUUUUGACCUUUUUUUUCCCUCCGAGAUUCCACGCUACAUUCACGCCCUGAUAAAAUCGAUGCCCCAGAUCUACAGUUUGUAAUUGAAUCAAAUUAAUCACCCGGCAUUCCCCGCCCUCCGCCCCUUCCCCGCCGCCACCUCUUCCUUCGACCCUCCUUUUCCUCCCCCGCGUACUUUCUCUGUCUCUAAUUAAUAGCAAGAGCUCUUCGUUUCAUCGGAACUUUAUGAAGCAAAUCCAAUUAGACACUGCACUUUGUCAAAGGCUUGAAAGCUGCAGAAAAUCUUUCAGAUCUUAGAUUCCUCUGUAUGCACACAUUGAAAAUAUUAAUCUACUUUGAUUUAUCAAACUAUUUUUGUAUUCUAUAGCUGCGCCACUCGACAUUCUGUCGGUAUAGAAUAAUGUAAUCUAUAAAUUGAUGUCUGACGUUAUGCAAUCUCUGUGUGCUGCAGAUAUACGUACGCAGAUUUAUACGUACACGUAGGUACGUACCUAUGUAGUCAUACGCCGAAGCAAAUAUGAAAGAUCCGUGAGCCCCGAGCAAUUUCUCAAUAUUUUUAUAAUACGUACACGCGGUGGCGAAUUGAAAGUUUCGGAACAGAUAUUUCUGCGGUAAUAUUAUGCGGGCAAAUUCUUCGAGUUCUUUGAAUUUCUCGAGUAUAUGUUCGAGCCGCGGUAUAUUUCACUCUUCAUUCGCGAGUUGAUAUGAAAAUUCGAGAUCCGGUCGAAUGGAGGGGAUCCACGGGGGCCGGGGCUGCGUCCGACUGUGAGAGAAAUUAGAAAAAGCAAACGACUAAAUAAAAAAAUUGCUCCUAAUACGGUCCGCUAGGUGUUGCAAAAGUGUUUAAUUAAUUACAUUUUGUUUUUCCUUAUGAACCAAGUUUCAUUAAGACGGUGAACUGAAAAGGUUGGAUUAUGCGACUAAUGGUUUUUUAAUUAUACUAACCAUCGCCUCGCGGGUAUUCUGCAAAAUUGUAUUUUCAAGACUCAUCUUUUUAUAGGAUCACAAUAAUCCACGGUCGUUUCAAGAUAUCGCAAUAAACGAUUAACGUCCCUCUUCCACUGAUGAACAAUUGAAUCUCUCGGCUGCUUUCUACAAAACAGACAAAAUGGCGAUCCUGUCAAAUGCUGCACAUCCGCGUCAACGUUAACGCCAUUUAAUCAACUGCUCGCUAUAUAUACAGACGAAGAAAAAAGUAUUUACCCAACGUUUUUCACGGCGCAGCGACGAUCCAUCAUUGAAUAAAAUACACCGACAGUCUCUCGAUGACAUCUGAAAUGGAUAUCGCGAACGGUGUUUCCAAGCUGCAGGAAUCCGGUCCAGAUGACACAUCGGCAGAAAACGAGUCAACCGAUCAGAACGAAUCCUUCGGAGCUGUAGCAAUAUCCGGACAAUCGUACCCAGCAAAAUUGAUCAUGGGAUCGGAAACGUCGAGUAGCGCGGAGUCCGUUGACCACGAAGAGGAGAGAACGGAGACUGGAGGUUCAGAUGUGGUUUUUGAAGGUGCUCUACUAAAUUACGGUAGUCGGAAGUGUUUCAUGCUGGGCUUAUUUCUGCUCUGUACAUCCCCCGGUAUACUGAACGGGUUUCACGUGAUGGUAUACGUCUUUUACGGUCAUACACCGAGGCAUUGGUGCGCCGUACCGGCCCUGGACAACGCCGGCUGGACACCGGAGCAAAUCCGUAAUAUUUCCAGUCCGAAACCCACCGAGUGGUCAAACUGUGAAUAUUACAAACUGAACUACGACGAGCUAGAGAAAAUGAGCUACGAAGAGGCGAUGACUGAGGUGAAAUCCCAAAGAUCGCUCGCUCUUUUGUCCUGUACCGAAUUCAGUUACGAACUCGAGGACAUCGGCACAUCGGUUGUCCCAGAAUGGGACCUGGUGUGCGAACGUCUCGCCCUAAAAGCUACCGUCCAAACAGCGGUAUCCGUUGGCAAAUUCCUGGGAGCUUUUGCCUUUGGAAUAAUCGCCGACAGGUUCGGACGCAAAGUUUCGUUCGUAACGGCUUGCUGCAUCUACAUUUUAGCCGGACCGAUAGUGGCUUUCACUAGCCUUUACCAGGUUCUAGUUGCGGCCAGAGUUUGCAUCGGGAUCGCUGGUCUCGGCGCUUUUGAGAGUGGCUAUUCCAUAGUAUCGGAGAUAUGUCCGCCAAAGUUGAGAUCGACGGUUGGCGUUCUUUACAACCAGAGUUAUCCUGUUGGGAUUCUCGGGGUUGCUUUGAUCGCCUACUACGUGCGAGACUGGAGGAAUCUUCAGCUCUGCAUCUCGAUGCCUGCUUUGUUCCUCAUAUUCCACAUGUGGCUCAUCCCGGAGAGUCCCAGGUGGCUCUACUACUCGGGACGUAUAAACAGAGCCUGGGAUAUAGUCGGAAAAUAUGGAACGGGAUCGGGAGAAUCUCCAACAAGGCAUGGGGCUGGAAAUAUCAAUGUUCCAACGUCCAGACAGACGACUGCAGAGUUAGGCAGGAGAUCGCCCGAUCGUACCUUCUGCACACAAUUCUGCAAUACAAUCAGAAAUUGCUCGAAUUACCUGCGCCACAAAGAGAUGAGGAUACGACUGAUAGUUUGCUGGAUUGUAUGGUUUUUUACCGCCAUGUCCUAUUACGCUCUAACGAUUAACUCUGCAAGUUUAAAAACCGAUCCCUACAUCUACGUGGCUCUGUCAGGAAUUGUCGAAGCCACCAGCUACAUGAUCCCUGUACCCUUGUUGCGUGUUUUUGGACGUCGAGCUGUGGCAACCGGCCUUCUGUUGACGGCAAGUUUUGCUCUUCUCCUCCUCUUGAUCAUUCCACCUAACAUGACGAUGUGGAAGGUGGCAGCUUCGCUUCUGGGGCGGCUCUGUGUUAGCGCCGUAUUCUCCGUCAUCAUUAUUCACGCCUUUGAAUUAUUCCCAACUAUGGCAAGGAACACCGCCGUUGGAACAAGCUCGACUAUGGCGCAUGCGGGAAGUGUCUUCGCGCCGUAUCUAGUAGACUUCUUCGCAGAAUAUGGGUGGUUUAUUCCGUCUACAAUUUGUGGCCUGGGACUACUUCUGGCUGGGCUUCUGACGCAGACUCUGCCCGAGACGAAGGAUAUCCCGUUGUACGAUACCUUGGAUGACCUAACGAGCAGAUGUCACAGACGACCCGAGGAGAGCGUUUCCCUGAAGAAUUGCGCAGCUUGCUGUUUAUGCAAAACUCAUUCGAGCACCCCGUGAAUCUCACACAAUGUGUUAUUACUUCAAAUAUGGAUAAUUCAUCCGUCCAAAUUGUUAUCGCAAAAAUGCGUGGAUUUUAACUUCCGAAAGAAUAAUCAAGAAUUUAUAGCAAUGAUGCGUAAUCGAGAAUUUUUCCCUUCAAGAUUCGCGGUUAAUAUCAUUGAAUCCAUCGAAUCGAUGCCGCGAUAACCAUUGCGACAAUUUGAAUCUCUGAAUUAUCUCGCUGAGGUAUGUGACGUCUAUUGUUGCCUCGUCGUAAUUAGAUGAGGUGGUAAGUUCACGGCGCGAUGGCAACAACCUUUGCGAAUUGUAAUAGUUUAAAAUAGCAAGUUCGCUCUGCAAUUAUAUUUGUGGAUGUAAUGCAAAAAGACUCAGCACCCGACCCAUCAGACGCUCAAAUUAGCUCCGAACUUACGGUGUUUGAAUCGAAAUCGCAAAUAUUUUCUGAUAGGUAAUCAAAAACUCGCAUUUGUUUUUCACGCACUUAGCAAAUGGGCUGAUCAUUAUUAUCGUUGCAGUACACGUUAACCAAAUCACUGCUAAAUCAUGUACAAAACCCGAUAGCAAAUACAUGACUCUAAUUAAAUUGUCAUUACUCGGGAUUAUUGAACGGUCGGUGUAUUAUUCGGGCAACUGAUUCUAAAUUCUGACCCGAUUAGGGAAGAGCGUUGGAUACAAAUCAGUUGUAUGCGCUAUUGUUUAAUUUUUGUUCAAAUCUAUAACAAACGCACUGUCAUGAUUUUAUAGGAUCUAUUAGUACCGAUUCGAUGCAUCACUAUUGGAAUUUCAACGAUUUAUAUGCUAGAGAUGAAAACACAUGUAAUUAAUUAAUUAAUUGGGUUGUAUUUUUACAUAUUUCAUUUAGUUACAUUACUUACAAGUCACUAUUUAACGUAAAUAACCGAUUACUGCGAAUCAAAUUUUCAUCGUAUUUUGGGUUUGAAAUUUACAAUUCAUUUAUAGUUAUACUCUUAAACGUAUCGAUACAUUUUCGAAAGAUGACAGUAACUUCUGAACUUUCGCAAGUUAUGUACUAGUUUUCCUAUGUCCUGAUAUUUGAUUCAUCGAUAGUAAUAAUACGAUACCGAGUAGUUU